GACGCUUUUUCCAGGAAUACGGAGAAGAGAUUUAUGCGAAUUCUGUACGAAUAUGUAGACAGCUCAUUGGAAGACAAACGAUUUCUCAUAGUCAACUGUGAAAAUGUCUUUGGGGAACGCGAUGACUCUGAUUGGAUGCUCUCAACGUUGGAAACACUGGCUGGCUUAUUAGAGGAGAUUGACCUAAACUCGACAAACUCCCGGCAUAAACUUCCGGAUGUUCCUUCAGAUUCAGGUGGUGGGAGGAAUCCAUGGACAUUUACUCCCCACAAUGCUCAGUAUAUCACCUAUCUUAUGUCUCGAUUAAUUGGUAUCAAAGCCGUUGAUGUCCGCUCUCGGAAUCUAAUUCACAAAAUCAUACUCCGGCAGUUUCGAAACGCGAGUUGCGCACAAGUGAAAGCGGCCUUGCUACGAUUCUCAAAGUAUUUCGUGCGGUUUUUAACUCCAACUGAAGUGAAGGAAUAUGUACUCCCGUUGCUAUCACUAUGCUUGAAUUCCAGAAAUUUAGAAACUCUGGCUGCAGCAAUGGAAGCGCUUCCAAAGCUUGUGGAAUAUCCAAUCUCCGCGGAAACAUAUGAAAAAUGUUUGAAAAAAGCGAUAAACGCUUUCAAAAAGAGCUCUUCAAGACCACAGAUCCAAUCAGUAGCAGUUCAAUGCGUUGGUAAUAUUAUAUCUCAAUUAUCUCUCGAUGUACUGGAAAAUAUUCUCCUGCCCUUUGCUCUAGAGGCAACUGCAGAAGCUGCAAACAACGCCGGAACGGUGCGUGUCUCUGGAGGAGGUGGUGAGCGGAAUUCUACUCAGAGAGGCUCUGCAACAGCAGCCCAUGACGCCCCUUGGCUCAUUCCUGGUUACCUCAUCGAAUUUGACUUCUUCCUCUCUGAAGGAGAGCCAGUCAUCUCACUAUGCUGUAAGCUUAACAGUUUAAUUCAGCUCACUUCUUAA